UUUAGCAUAGCAUUAUCAAAAUUGAGAGGUUUCUUAUAAAAAUCCAUCUUUUAGCAUCCUCUGAAAAUCCUAUCCCUGCCACGUAAAUGACUCGUUUCCCAUAAGACAGGGGCAUGUGCCCAGUCAGCACGCCCUCCACUGCCCCUGCGCCCUUUCCCCAACACCAAGGCUCCGGCCAGUGGCCAUUUGUCAUCCCUGGUGCUCUGUUGUUUUUUUCGACACGUGACAUUUGUUUUUUACGUCUGAAUCCCUCUCAUUUUGACUCUGUCGUAAAUUAAUUUUGUGUGAUUUUUUUUUGGAAAAGAUCACUCCACUAAUCUCACUGGAUUUUCAUUUCCUCCCGUUUAUAUGUCAGUUGCACUAGAUCUAAAGUGUUAAGAAUCCACUGUAUUUGACUAUGUACUGAAAUUCUGUCUUAAAAAUCACGAGCAUUUGCACGCUGUUUAAAUUAGAUAUAACUUAAUUUUCCCCAGUGUCUCAGGUUUAACACUGAGUGCACCACUCUGUGGGCUGCUUGUACCUGAGGAGGCCCCUGCAGAAGUAGCACGAUACCGCUGUGUGUUUCUUGAAUCAUUUGGCUGCUUUAUAUAUACACAGUUUGUAUUAUUACACAUUUGCCCUCCCUCCCGUCUGUUGUCUUUAUGUCUGUCUUCAGCAACUGAUUUAUACCACUUUAUAAUUUGCUGCUUCUGCCCUGCUUUCAGUUAAUAAAACAGAUCCCCGUUUAAUAAUCUAUGUAUAAGCUGGGACAUCUGUUUCGGACGGUGCAGAGUCAGGUUCAUUGUUUACGAGUUGUGUCACUGCGUGUGCGGAGAGGAACGAGGGGUUGAGAACCUACAACGUAGGAAAUAACAAUCUUAUGAAUUAAGAGAUAGUUCUGUCUGAGGGAGUUUACUCUCGCUCAAGUCAAAGCCAUAUUUGCCAUCUUAAAACCUUCCUAGAGUUGAGAGAAUAUGUGAUGAAUGGAUAGAGGUGAGCUAUCAACAACACUGCCUUAAUGGCCAGUCCCCAGCUUACAUGAGGGAGGGUUAGAUCCGGAAGCCCCUAAAAUGAAUCCAUGAUCCUAAGCCGCCCAUUAGUGACACAUGUCCAGUUGAGACCACGGGAGGAGAUACGACGAGGUAGACGGCUACAGGCUAACAUGCCCACCCCGUCUCUUCCAUCCCCAUCACCCUGCUCUGUGGUCCAGUGUGUGUUAUACGUUUGUGCACUGUGGACACUCCACAUGGGUUCAUGAGAAGCUUUACAUCCGUCAAGGCUUCUGUAAGUUGGGAACGGUUUGUAGAUGGGAGAACUGAAACUACUGAUAAUCUGACUAGCAGAACUACAUUUAAUGUUUAUAUUUACCAUUGUAAAAAUGUUUUCCUGAUAAAGAUUAGAAAAGGAAAAGCUUCUUGAGAGCAAAGCCUGCCUACAGGAUUCCUAUGACAACUUACAAGAAGUAAUGAAGUUUGAAAUUGACCAACUUUCAAAAAACCUCCAAAACUGCAAAAAAGAAAAUGAAACUCUGAAAUCUGACCUGAAUAAUUUGGUGGAGCUUUUUGAGGCAGAAAAAGAACGCAAUAACAAAUUAUUAUUACAAUUUGAAGAAGAUAAAGAGAACAGUUCUAAAGAAAUCUUAGAAGUUCUUGAGGUCGUGCGUCAGGAGAAACAGAAAGAGAUGGCUAAGUGCGAGCAGCAGGUGAGUGACCUGUGCUCUAACUCUAGUAUUUGAGGUCUGUAACUUCUGUUCCUGGUGUCAGAAGAGGUGUAUGAGAAAUACAGUUUCAGCUCUCAGGUGUCAAAAAUUGGUAAUAAAAAGAAGGACUUGUUGGUUGGUUGGUUGUAUUAUUUUUGGAAUCUUGUUUUUCUAACUCCUAGAUGGCUAUAAUCUUACUUUGUUGGUGGCCCCCUGGAGGAAACCCACAAAAUCAUCACCUUCUAACCCAGCUUCUCCUUUUCAUGUGUUAUCCUAGUGAGCACUGUAUAAUGUGAACAGCAGAUUUCAUCUCCUUUUUUUUUUUUUUCUGUGUGUGUGUGUGGUUAAC